AUGACCAGUUUCUACGAAGGCAGUCUUCAAGACGGCAUUGCCCUUGCCCUGAGGGAAACCAAGGCCGUUGUUUGCUUCGUCCGAGACGAGAACCAGACGAGCUCGACGUGGGAAGAAGAGUAUUUUGCUGGUGAAGAGAUUGCCCAAAUCCUUGACGCCGGAGCAGUUCUAUUACGUAUUACCGCCGGAUCUCAGGAAGCUGGCUUUUUGACGUCGCUAUGCCCUAUCGCCAAAUUCCCGACGGUUAUCGUUAUCAACAAUGGUACAUUAAAGGAGUACCUUGUGCCUGAUAUCUCAAAGGAUAUCUUUCAGAGCCGGCUUGGGGUAGCUGUGAAGGGCCAAACUCCUUCAGAGCCUGUUCAACAAUCACAGAGCAGCUCUCCUGCUGUAUCGCCUGUUCCAAAUAUCACGCCGGCACAAUACCCAACACCACAGACCGUCCGUGAGGCUUCCUCUUCAGCCCAGCCGAAACCCCGUCAGGACACCAGUACUGCGGAAAGUGCCACAAGAAAUGCGCAAUCCAAGAAGCCAGUACCAGCAAAGCCCCAACCACCGAAAGUGGAGCAGAAGAAACCGGUCGCCCAACCAAAAAAGGAACCCCUAAAGCCGAAGCAGACUAUUCCCAGCAAGAAAGCUACACCCUCUAGCGAAGAGCGCAAGCCACAGCCACCGGUGCCCCGUGGGCCCCCCACCCAGUAUCGACUACAAGUGCGACUAUUCGAUGGAAGUUCUGUCCGGUCCAGCUUUACACCGACACAGACGAUUCGCAGCGAUGUGCGCCCUUGGCUGGAUGGCCAAAUGGGCACUGAACAGCGUCCGUACAAUCUUAAGCAUAUCUUGACUCCUCUUCCGAGUCGAACGCUCUCAGUUUCUGAGGAAACCCAGUCACUUCAGGACUUGGGGCUGGGGUCAACCGCCAACUUGGUCAUGGUUCCCGUUGCAUCAUACACAGAUGCAUAUUCCACUGCAGGAUCUAGCUUGCCUGUUCGUGGCAUUUCGGCUGUCUACAACGCUGUUUCAUCGGUUGCAAGCACAGCUACAGGACUAGUGGGGUCAUUGAUUGGGUAUGGGCCGACUGCACCAGCUGCAACUGGGAGUGGAUCAUCGUCUGCAUCUACAUCUGCAUCCUCGGAGAACACUCAACGACCACGCAAUACGGGAUUGAACAUUCGGACGCUCGGAGAUCAACAAAAUGAUCGUAAGGACAGCCAAUUUUAUAAUGGAAACCAAUUGAAUUUUGAGCCACGGGAUCAGGACAGGAAGGACAACUGA